AUGGAAUUAAAUGCACUGUCAUGUGGUAAGCUGGUAACUUAUCUUCCUGGAUUAGAAGUUCAACCGCUUCCAUUCCAACCAGAAACUGGGUAUAUUGGUGUUGGUAGCGGUAGUGAAUCAUCUACUUACGAAGGUGACAGUGUUCAUGAACUGUUUUACUACUUUGUCAAGUCAGAAAGAAAUCCCAAAGAAGAUCCUCUUGUCUUAUGGCUUGCUGGUGGUCCUUUUUGCUCAGGGCUCAGUAAUUUAGCGACUGGAAUAGGUCCUAUACGGAUUGACAAGGUAGUGGAAUACAACAAUUGUAGCUUACCUACACUGACAUUGAAUCCGAACUCAUGGGCUAAGGUUGCCAACAUAAUCUUCUUGGAUGCGCCCAUGGGCGCUGGGUUCUCAUAUUCGAAGUCCUCACGUGAAUCACCAAUCUCAGACUCUGUAUCAGCUAAACAUACUCAUGAGUUUCUAGUAAAGUGGUUGAUUCAAAAUCCAGAAUUUCAGUCUAACCCAGUUUACAUUGCUGGUAUAUCAAAAUCCGGCUUUCUAAUCCCAAUCAUAGUUCAAGAUUUGAUUAGAGAUACUGAAGAUGGAAAGUAUCCAUUUCUCAACUUCAAGGUAAAAACCAGUUCAUUCUCAUUUUUCUAG